GAACAGAGAAGCCACGGGUGUAUAUAAGGCAGAGUCUAGUCAGCUCCUGGCAGAAGUCGUCUGUCGUAGCACCGAGCCUCAGCACCACGAAAGAGAUUGAAGUAGUUCCUCGGAAAGUUCUUCGACUCUUCCUUGAAACAUGUCUUCCUGGAGCAACCAACCUGCCAUGGAUGAUUAUGGCCUGCCAUCCUCCAACCCUUAUGGGAACUUCACAGUUGUGGACAUGGCCCCUAAAGACAUCCUUCACAUGAUUCAUCCUCACUGGUACCAAUAUCCCCCCAUGAACCCAAUGAUGUAUCCAUUACUUUUAAUAUUCAUGCUCUUCACCGGCAUACUCUGCCUGGCAGGUAACUUUGUUACCAUCUGGGUGUUCAUGAACACCAAAUCUCUCCGCACUCCUGCCAAUCUCCUUGUUGUUAACUUGGCCAUGUCCGACUUCCUCAUGAUGUUCACUAUGUUCCCUCCCAUGAUGGUCACAUGCUACUAUCACACAUGGACACUUGGCCCCACAUUCUGUCAAGUUUAUGCCUUCCUCGGAAACUUGUGCGGCUGUGCAUCCAUCUGGACGAUGGUGUUCAUCACCUUUGACCGCUAUAAUGUCAUUGUUAAGGGAGUGGCUGGUGAGCCUCUUAGUACAAAGAAAGCAUCUUUGUGGAUAUUAACAAUAUGGGUAUUAUCUAUUACCUGGUGUAUAGCACCAUUCUUCGGCUGGAACCGCUACGUUCCCGAGGGCAACCUUACUGGCUGUGGUACUGAUUAUCUGUCUGAGGACAUUUUAUCCCGCAGCUACCUAUACGUCUACUCCACAUGGGUCUAUUUCCUCCCUCUCGCCAUUACCAUCUAUUGCUACGUUUUCAUCAUCAAGGCUGUUGCUGCCCACGAGAAAGGUAUGCGUGAUCAGGCCAAGAAGAUGGGAAUAAAGUCCCUGAGGAACGAAGAAGCACAGAAGACUUCUGCCGAGUGCCGCCUGGCCAAGAUUGCUAUGACGACAGUGGCUCUGUGGUUCAUUGCUUGGACUCCCUAUCUCCUCAUCAACUGGGUCGGCAUGUUCGCCAGGUCCUACCUGUCUCCUGUCUAUACCAUCUGGGGCUACGUGUUCGCCAAGGCCAACGCUGUCUACAACCCCAUUGUGUAUGCCAUCAGCCACCCCAAGUACCGCGCUGCCAUGGAGAAGAAGCUGCCAUGUCUCUCUUGCAAAACUGAAAGUGAUGACGUUAGCGAAAGUGCCUCAACUACCACCAGCUCAGCGGAAGAAAAGGCAGAAAGUGCUUAGACUUUUGUGGGGAACUCCGUACUUCAACUGAUCAACGACUGUAUGCAUAUUAUAUAUCAUACAAUGUAAUUUAAAGUAAUUCCCUAAAUGUAGCAAUUUUCUAGAUUCUAAUAAACCCAGCAUCAUA